AUGGAGGUUGGUGAUCUCGAGGCCGUCGCGCAAGAGAAGACUGGAGCCAUCCACAAUGAAAACCAGCGCGGAGGUUUGUCUUCUGAGGACUGGGAGUUUCUCAAUGCGUUUCCUGAAGACCACAAGAAGAAAAUCCUUCGCAAACUGCGAUUGAUACCCAUGCUGGUGCUCCUGUACCUGAUUGCGUACCUCGACAAAACAAACAUUGGAAAUGCAAAGAUUGAAGGUCUGACUGUCGACCUAAAACUCAAGGGCAUUCAAUACAACGUUGUCGUCGCCAUCUUCUUCAUCCCCUUUGUCCUUUUUGAGGUCCCCUCGAACAUGAUCCUCCAUCGCUUCAAGAGACCGUCCUGGUACAUGGGCGGAAUUGUCUGCGCCUGGGGCAUCGUCAUGACCAUGACGGGAAUUGUCCAAAACUACGGAGGACUCCUGACCAUCAGAUUUCUCCUGGGAAUAUUUGAGGCCGGUUUUCUCCCCGGUGCAAUCCUAAUCAUCUCCAACUGGUACCUCCCGAACGAAACCCAAGUCCGAAUCGCCAUCCUCUACACAUCGGCUGCGACCGGCGGCGCUUUCUCCGGACUUCUUGCUUUUGCCAUUGCCAAGAUGGACGGCGUGGCUGGACUGGAAGGCUGGCGCUGGAUCUUUAUCAUCGAGGGCAUCUUCACCGUCAUUGUCGGCGUCAUGUGUGUCUUUCUGCUCUGCGACACGCCGGCCCUGUCUACGCGAUGGCUCAACGGCGAGGAGAUUCGAUAUCUUGAGCUUCGACAGCUCAGUCGUCGCGCAACAGCUCCCAACGAGUACAAAGACAGCACCAACGCCAAUCUCGCCAUCUUCAAGGAUAUCCUUUUCGACUACAAGAUCUACCUCUUGACAUUUGCCAACUGGUCGAAUGCGGUGCCCAACUACGCCAUGAAGUUUACCAUGCCUAGUAUCCUCACCGGCAUGGGGUACACAUCUUCGAUGGCCCAACUCAUGACCAUCCCUCCGUACGCAGUGGGAGCGAUGUCGGCAUUCGGGUUCGCUAUUUUUGCCGACAAGUAUUCGUGGCGGUAUCCGUUCAUCCUGGGACCGCAAAUCUGUCUCGUCACGUCGUUCAUCAUCCUCUUUGUCAAGUCCGGAAACAUCGAGCAGAACAUUGCCGUGUGCUACUUUGCAGUCUGCCUGGCGUGCUUUGGCAUGUAUCCCAUUCUGCCCGGCGUCAACGCCUGGAACGUCGCCAACACGCCCGACCCGGCGAAGCGAUCCAUCAACAUCGGCCUGCUGGUUUGCAUAGGUAACAUAGGAGGCCUGAUCGGAUCGUACAUUUACCUCGACAGCGAAGCGCCUCGCUACCCGACCGGUUACGGCACGUCGCUGGCCUUUGGCUUGGCUGGGAUUGUCGCCGCCACGCUGCUGGAGUUUCUGCUGAAGCGGGACAACGCCAAGAAGGCUCGGAUGACGGAGGUGGAUAUCAGAGAGCGAUACACGGAGGAGGAGCUGCAGCGACUGGGCGAGAAGAGUCCUUUGUUCAAGUAUGCACUGUGAUUUAGGUCACAUUUCAAGACAAUUUCAUGGCAAGCACGUCAUCAAGC